AUGCUUCGAGUUGCACACUUUUCCCGAGCUGCUGUUUCUGCGCGAGCAGCCAUUCCCACCACACGAGUCGCCUUGCAGCGAGUUGCUCGAUACUCCGUGGACGCUAACCUCAAGAAGACCCCCCUUUUCCCUCUCCAUGAGAAGCUGGACGCCCAGUUUGUCGACUACGCCGGCUUUGCCAUGCCCGUGCUUUACAAGGGUACUACACACAUCCAGUCGCAUAAUUGGGUGCGGGAGAAGGCCGGUCUGUUCGACGUGUCGCAUAUGCUGCAGCACCGGUUCUCUGGCCCCGCUGCUACCGAGUUCCUGGAGAAGAUCACCCCCGCAGACCUCCAAGCGCUGCAGCCCUUCACCUCGACUCUGUCUGUGCUCCUCACCCCCGAGGGAGGCAUUGUCGACGAUCUGAUCAUCUCCAAGCACGGUGAGAACGACUUCUACGUGGUGACCAACGCCGGCUGCAGAGAUAAGGAUCUAGCCUUCCUGGCCAAGGAGAGCGAGCCGUUUGGCGACAAGCUGGUCCACGACACAAUUGGUGGCGGCCUGAUCGCUCUACAGGGUCCCGAGGCUGCCGCUGCGCUCCAGAAGUUCACCAACUAUGAUCUGUCCCAGAUCAAGUUUGGCCAGUCCGCCUGGGUCGACUUUGGAGGCAACAAGUACCACGUGGCCCGAGGAGGAUACACUGGUGAGGACGGCUUCGAGGUGUCCAUCCCUGACGAUGCAGCCUCUGUUGCCUUUGCCGAGGCUCUCCUUGAGAACGACAACGUCAUUGCUGUCGGCCUGGCUGCCCGAGACUCUCUGCGACUCGAGGCCGGAAUGUGUCUCUAUGGCCACGAGCUGAGCGAGGAGCUGACUCCUGUCGAGGCUGGCCUCACCUGGGUUGUUGGCAAGGCCCGACGAUCUGGUGACCGAACUGGAUUCAACGGCUCUGACAAGAUUCUGGCCCAGAUCAAGGACAAGUCCGCCACGAAGGCCCGAGUGGGUCUGUUCAACGACGGCCCUGCUCCCCGAGAGGGCGUUGCCAUUCUCAACGAGGCGGGCGAGAAGGUCGGAGUCGUCACUUCCGGCUGCAAGUCUCCUUCUCUCAACAAGAACAUCGGUAUGGGCUACGUCAACAAGCCAUUCAACAAGAGCGGCACCAAGCUGACUCUUGAUAUCCGAAACAAGAAGCGACCCGCCGAGGUGGUCAAGAUGCCCUUUGUUCCCCACAAGUACUUCAAGUAG